AUGGCCGAAGUUCGUUUCACAGAAAAGACCCGUGCGAUAUUGGAAGAGUACGAACGCUGCAAAGGCGGAUUCCAGCCUCUUCCAAUAGCUCUGACCAAGGCCCACAAUGCUACCUUAUGGGAUGUGGAAGGAAACAGAUACAUUGACUUUCUCUCGUUCUUUGCCGUCGCCAACAUGGGCCAUGCCCAUCCUAAGAUCGUGGAAGCCGCGUGCACAGCAACUCGUGAUUGCCCGAUGGCUAACACGGCAUUUGUCAACCCAAGCUACGCAAGGCUCGCUUCCAAGAUCAAAGAAAUCUUAGGAUACGAUAGUAUCGUGUGCAUGUGUACCGGAGCCGACAGCACUGAUACAGCAACAAAAAUUGCCCGUAAGUGGGGCUACAAGGUCAAGGGGAUUCCUAGUGGCAAAGCCGUCGUGCUGACAGCGUCGGCGUGCUACCAUGGCAUCACUAUAUCGACACACUCAAUGUCGUCUGCUCCGGAAGACGUAUUCGGUCCCUACGUCCCUCUCGUGGGUCCUGUCUCGCCAUCUGGCGUACUGGUCGAAUAUGGAGACAUACAGAGUCUCAAGAAUGCACUGGAAAAAGAUCAUGAGACGAUUGCAGCGUUCAUGGUGGAACCAAUCCAGGGUUCUGCCGGAAUUGUUGAUCCGCCAGAAGGAUACCUAAAACAGGCCUACGAUCUUUGCAAGCAGUACAGUGUGCUUUUCAUUGCAGACGAGGUGCAGACAGGACUUGGCAGAACAGGAGAACUAUUACACAGCUGGCGCUCUGGGGUGAAACCGGACCUGGUGUGUCUUGGCAAGGCUUUGGCCGGCGGCGUGGCGCCGCUAUCUGCUGUGUGCGGCAAUAACGACGUGAUGGACGUCAUCGAGGGUGGUGACAUUGGGUCCACGAUGGCCGCAAACCCACCUGCCACGGCAGCAGCAGUUGCAGCAUUGGAAGUAUUAGUGGAGGAACGGAUUGCUGAGCAGUCCAAAAAAAAAGGAAAGCUGCUCCGAGAACUGCUGAAAGCCGAGAAUCUGGCUCAAAUAUCUGGUUUCUCCGGUGCAGGGAUGCUGUGCGCUGCGAUCUUGAACCCAGAAUACGUGACUUCGCGGUUCAACAGUAUACGGCUGCGGCGUCUGUGUGCCAAGAGAGGGCUGAUGGUUAGCAGUGCCUCGGGCGGCACUCGAGUCCGGAUCUGCCCGCCGCCAACAAUCGAGGAAAAUCUUCUUGCCGAGGGUGUCAAGAUUUUUGCUCAAUGUGUGCGUGACUUAGAAUCUCUAGACGAUCCUAUUCUAUAA